CUCACUGCUGAACUGCUGUUUCUUUGGUGCUGCUCAUCCUCCACCUAGUGCAAAUAUUCGUAGUGAUAAAUAGUACUGUUUAUUACAUCUAAGUUCAAUGCUACUACUAAUACUACGAUACGAGCAUUGCUACUGUUGUGACCAAUACUUCAACUAAGAAAUGUUACUGGGCGUACAGCUGCCAUGACGGCAAGUGCUAACAAGUUAGGAUGCCAUACUUCUACUACUACCCAUUACAAGAAUUCUGAUGCAGAAUUAGUUUUUUCCCUCUUUUAAUCAGUUGCUGACUCUACUACUUCAUACAUGACAAAUACUACUGUGAGGAGCACUUGCGCCCCUACAUCUCUGACAGAGUGGGGCAUCUGUUGCUGUCGCUUUAAGUAUUGAAAAUGUGAUGCCUCCAUUCCUCCAGGCCAAGAAGCAAACAAAGAUGGAAUUCUCGAUGAAGCGCUCCUUGAGUGACCAGUGGAGACCACACUUACCAGAGGGCUUGGACCUGGAGCUUAUAAGCCACCCACAUAGCCUGAGGAGUGUGGUCAACCUUGUCAUUGCUGUAGGGAGAUUGAAGAAUGGUGAAUCUGAGCCGGUGCUCAGUACUGCCUUCACAGACGAGAACCUGCUGGACAUCAUGCUGGACAGCAUCGUGGAAGAACAAGUGGUGUUCGAGCUGAUGUCGGCUCCCCCCGCCCCGUUCCUGAAGAAUGACGAGUUCCAGUGCUCAGUGACAGACACCCAGAAGAGGAGCCUGAUCCUUGUGGAGAACAGCAUGGAGCUGCACUCGGUCUUGCUGCAGGGUGGGAACGAGAGUCGGAAAGUCUGCCUCAACAUGUCCACCUACAUCCACCCGGCGCCCAGCACCAAUGCCAGGACGGUGGCUCUGGGGAUUAAGAACACCAGUCUGUACCUGACGUGCAAGCAGGAGGACGGCAAACCCAAGCUGCAUCUGGAGGAAGUGGCAGACAAAUCUGUUCUGUCCAACAUCGUCCCUGGGAGUGAUAUGAUGCGUUUCCUCUUCCACCGGACGGACGCGGGUAGGAGCGUCAGCACGCUGAUGUCUGCCCAGUACCCCAAUUGGUACAUCAGCACGGCAGAGGAGGACCACCAGCCUGUGGCGCUGAGCCUGGAGAAUGUGGACCGGUACACGACAUUCCACAUCCACCGUCAAAGCUGAGAGAGCGCAGCAAAGCUCAAGAGGCGUAGUUGUGUAUGUACCAAGUACAGCAAAUAUGGUUACUACAGCCACCCUUUAUUUAUGACAACAAAUAUUUAUUUUCUGUAAUUUAUCUAAAUUAAGCAUUGUUUUGAUACUUGUUUGUCAGCAGGUCUGUCUUUUUGACACCAAUAAAGUCAUGU